AUGACGGCCACAAAUGAGAUCCCAGGUCAAGCCGGACUCCCAACUCCCAAUUCUACCAAAUCUUUCUGGCAUCGUGAACCUUCGAAGAUUCUGCAAGGUCACAGGACCACCGAGGAACUUCCUUCGAGGGCAGAUGUGGUUAUUAUUGGGAGUGGGAUUGCGGGUAGUUCGGCAGCGCACUGGUUGAGAGAACAUGCAGAGGGUAAACAUCUUAAUGUAGUGAUGUUGGAGGCGAGGGAGGCAUGUUGGGGAGCGACGGGGAGAAAUGGAGGUCACUGCCAACCAUUAGUCUAUGCUUCACCGCCCGAGGUCGGAGCGUUUGAAGUGAGGAAUUAUGAGGAUAUCAAAUCUUUCGUGGAGAAAAAUGAUAUUCAAUGUGAAUGGAGAUCACUAUCCAGUUGUCAUUCUUAUAUGUCGGAAGAUCUUUUUGAACAUGCUGUUAAAGAUACAAAGUCGCUCAAGGUUUCAGACCCAAAGUUGGGUGACUUGGUAACCAUCAUCACCAAAAGCUCCACCAACCCUUCGUUGUCCGACCUCCGAAUCCCUACUGCAGCCGGCGCAAUCAUAACCUCAAAAGCUGCUUCUCUAUGGCCAUAUAAAUUAGUAUCUUGGAUCCUAGAAGAUCUAAUUGCCAAGAAUAAGUCCCUCGAUUCCCCCAAAUUCAACCUCCAAACCUCAACACCCGUAACUCAUCUUCAAAAAUCCUCUUUGGAAUGGAUCAUCCACACACCUCGCGGACAACUUUCAACUCCCAAAGUUCUCCUCGCAACCAACGCCUACACAUCUCAUCUCCUCCCAUCAUUCACCGAUCUCAUCGUCCCCGUCCGCGGAGAAAUGUCUUCACUUCUCCCUCCAUCCUCCAUGUCCCCCACUACCGAUUCUUCCCGCGAACCCCUAGAAUACUCCUACAGUAUCAUGGGCCACGCAUCCCAAAACAUCAAUCGCGACGACUAUCUAGUCCAACGUCCCUUCUGCACCCUUUCUUCUUCCUCUUCCUCCCCAAAAGCAUCCGGAGGCGAACUAAUGUUCGGCGGAGGUCGCGAAUUUGCAUCGCAAGCCGGCAUGGGCGUCUUCGACGAUUCCUCCAUCGAUCUCCCCGCAGCAGCCUAUCUCCGUCGCUCACUCCCUCUUGCCCUCAAUCUACACAAUGAUCACGAAGAACUAAAAGCUUCGUUUGAAUGGAGCGGCAUAAUGGGAUUUAGCAGGGAUAAUUUCCCGUGGGUAGGGAGUGUAGGAGAGGAGUUAGGGGGAGGGGACGGCUUAUAUGUUUGUGCUGGGUUCACGGGGCAUGGAAUGCCAACGGCUAGGUUGAGUGCUAAAGCGGUGGUGGGGUUAAUAAUGGGGGAGGCGGUCGAAGAGCUGGAUUUACCGGGGAGAUAUGUGUUGAGUAUGGAGAGGGUGGAGAGCGCUAGAGCGUUGGAUACGGUUAUGGUUGCUGAUGAGAAGGGGGAAUAUUUUUGA